GCGAGAUCAAAAUUUGAAACCGCGGAGAGGCGGCAGCUUGCGCCAUACGCCUCCUCCUCCGCCGCGUGGAGAGGCCGUCGCCGACCACCAGCCAAGUCGCCGGAGCGAGCCCGGUGGCCGGAGAGGAUGGACCACGAGAGCAUCGUCGCCAGCGACCUGUCCAUCUACCCUCUGCCGCCCGGGACGCGCACCCUGGCCACUCCGCGCGUCGUCCUCGCGCCGCCUCCCGUCACCGUCGUCAACCAGCCGCACGCCGACUGGCGGGGGCUCCCGGACGCCGCCGUCUCCCGCGUCCUCGACCGCCUCCCCGUCGUCGACCUGUUCCGCCUCGGCUACCUCUUCUCCCCGCGCUGGCUCCACAUCUGGCGCGCCCGGCCGCUGUAUCUCCACGACCGCCAGUUCACCACCCCACCGAUCCCCGCCGCCAACGUCGCCAACGCAAUCACCAACGUCCUCCACCACCACGUCGGCGAGGGCGUCCAGCUCCUACCCGUACAAGGUGGCGGCGGCGGAGGGGGAGGCCAAGGUGAAGGAGCGCUCGUGGGCGGCGGCGAUGCCGAUGAGGCCGUGACCAGCGACGACGAGAUCUACGAAGACGAAGGCAUCAUCCAGAACGCCGGUCACGAGAUCGGCCGCGUGUACUGCUUGCGAGUAGAGACCACGCGGUGGAGCCUCGAUCACCUCGUCCGCUGGUGCGCCGAGCUCCAGCGCGGCGGUGCUCGUGUGCUCAUGCUCGCCAACCUCGCCAUACCAGAGCACCCCGAACUUCCUCAAGCCAUCCUCAACUGUGGCGCCAGCCACCUGGGACUCCACGUCUUCUUCUUCACCGUGGAAGCCUACCACAUCGCGGCCCUCGUCGAGCUCCGCGCCCUCGGGCUGUACGGCUGCAUCGAGGGCCACGGCAUGAUCGACCGAGUCCUCCACCCCGAAUCACCGAUUCGGAAGCUGGCAAUCCACGGCGGCAUGGGGCGAACUUUCGCCGUCGCCGGCGCCACGCGCCUCCGGUCUCUGGUCUUGUUCGACAACCAGGUGGGCACGGUCGCCGUGGACGGCGCCGCCCGAUUCCGGAAUCUCUACAUGAGCGAUACGAAGCCAUCCAGGAUCCGCAUCGGUGCCGCGCCCAGGUUGCGAAGAAUCCUCUCCCUUGACAUCUUCAACACCGUCUUGGUGAUCCAAGGCUUAGCGAUUCAGAUUGGGAUGAUGGAGCCGCCUCCACAGAUCCGUUCUGUCAGGCAUCUCUGCUUACGGGUGAACUACACAGAGAUGGACGUCAGGUUGCCCCGCUUGAUGGAGCAGAUCCUGAAGAGUUUCCCACGCGUAAAAUCACUGGAUAUCAUGAGAUGCGAUGACGUUACACAAGCAGAAGGGCUCCUCCAGUGGAACGAUGCACACUAUGACGGGAACAAUUUCUUCGAUGGCCUUGAGAGUUUCAACUAUCACCUGAGGUGGAUAUAUCUUGAAGAUUUCAGAGGAGGCAAGUGUGAAGUUGCUCUGAUGAAAGCCAUGCUCGACAAAGCUAGUGUCCUGAGACAGUUAAUGAUACAAUACUCGACAAGCAGCGUCCCCCAGCUCACCCUGAAUCAGCUCGACUUGUCUCUCCAGAAUUUCAAGCUGCACACUCUAAAUGGUGCCAUCAGAGGCAAUCUUGUGUCCUUUGUUGCAGCCGAUGCUUCCGGAAGUUGCGUACGACUAGCAGCGCAAGGCUAGGUCAGGUGUUGUUCUGUCUGUGCUCUGCUUCGGGGAGAGAGAGAGAGAGAGAGAAUUUUAGGGUGGCUCUUCUCAAUUUCUUCAGGUGUUGCUAGUCAAAUGAUGCUAUAACUGAUAUUCUGCUAAGUGAGUGAAUGAUGCUCUGAGCAUCAAUGCAGUGAAUGAUGAUGCCCUCUCUCAGUCUGAACAAUAUGUUAGUAUUGAGCAAAGUCAAAUCUUGAUAGCAGUAAAAAUGU